AUGCCUCUGGAAGCCCGCGUGAAAUCUGUCCUGUCCGGCGACACCGUCGUGCUGUCGCAUAUCACCAAUCCAGGACAGGAACGUACCUUGAGCUUGGCAUAUGUUUCAGCGCCCAGGUUGCGCAGAGAAGGCGAUGAGUCCUAUGCUUUCCAAUCCCGUGAAUUCCUUCGUGAGCUGCUCGUAGGAAAGGUCGUCCAAUUUAACGUCUUAUAUACCAUCCCUACCGGUGCCAAACGCGAUUACGGUACAAUCAAGCUCCCUACUUUUGAAGUCUUGUUGCCCGACAUUAGCGUCCAGGAAGGAUGGGUCCGCGUCCGCGAGGAAGCCGGUAAACGCGCCGACGAGUCCGAAGAGACCGCCGCCUUGUUACAGCGUUUGCGCGCUCUAGAGGAGCACGCUCAGUCUGAGGAGAAGGGUGUCUGGGCCGGAGCAGACAAGGGCCACACGGAGACCACCUAUGAACUUUCCGAUGGAAAGGCCCUCGUCGAGGAAUAUAAAAACAAGCCCCUGGAGGCUAUCGUCGAGAGAGUCUUGAACGGGGAUAGGCUGGUCCUUCGCCUGCUUCUUACUCCCCAGGAGCACCUGCAGGUUGUGGUUGCAGUCGCCGGUGUCCGGGCGCCAGCUGCCCGACGGGUGAACGCCGAGGGUAAGGAGCAGCCUGCUGAGCCGUUCGGAGAUGACGCACACCAGUUCGUCGAGUCCCGGUUGCAGCAGCGUAAGGUCCAAGUGUCCUUGCGGGGUGUCACGCCUCAGGGUCAAUUGAUCGCAACCGUUCUCCAUCCCAAUGGUAACAUUGCGAAGUUCCUUCUGGAAGAGGGCUUGGCCCGUUGCCACGAUCUGCACGCUCCCCUUCUUGGUGCUGAUAUGGCUAAUUUCCGCCGUGCGGAGAAGGCCGCCAAGGAUGCUCAGAAGGGUCUGUUUACUGGUCUGGUCGCAAAGGGUCCUGCUGGCGGGGCCGCCGAGGACUACAUUGUUAGCCGUGUGCUGAAUGCCGAUACUCUGUUCCUUAGAAACAAGUCUGGCCAGGAAAAGAAGAUCAGCUUGAGCAGUGUUCGCCAGCCGAAGCCAUCGGAUCCCAAGCAGGCACCCUUCGCGGCCGAUGCGAAGGAGUUUGCUCGUAAGAGGCUCAUCGGAAAGCAUGUUAAGGUGACCAUCAACGGCAAGAAGCCUGCUACCGAGGGAUACGAAGAAAGGGACGUUGCCACGGUCAUCCAGGGAAAUACCAACAUUGCUUUGGCUCUUGUCGAGGCCGGAUACGCUUCUGUCAUCCGUCACCGUCAAGAUGAUGACGACCGCUCCCCCGACUAUGAUUCUUUACUGAUCGCUGAGGCUGAUGCUCAGAAGGACGGUAAGGGAAUGUGGUCCCCAAAGCCACCCAAGACGAAACAGUACCAGGACUACUCGGAGAGCGUCCAGAAGGCCAAGAUGGAAGUUUCCAUCCUCCAGCGGCAAAAGCGCGUGCCGGCUAUCGUGGACUUUGUCAAGUCGGGCUCUCGUUUCACCGUUCUGGUGCCUCGUGAGAACGCCAAGCUAACCCUCGUCCUCUCGGGUAUCCGCGCGCCACGAUCGGCCCGUAACCCCAAUGAAGCGUCUGAACCUUUUGGACAGGAAGCACAUGACCUGGCAAACAGGCGUUGCAUGCAGCGUGAUGUUGAAAUCGACGUCGAGACCAUCGACAAGGUUGGUGGCUUCAUCGGCACUCUGUACGUCAACAAGGAGAACUUCACCAAGGUCCUUCUCGAGGAAGGGUUUGCCACUGUUCAUGCCUACUCUGCAGAGCAGUCCGGACAUGCCACAGAGUACUUCGCAGCGGAGCAGAGGGCCAAGGAAGCCCGCAAGGGACUUUGGCAUGACUGGGAUCCUAGCAAGGAUGUUGAGGAGCAAGAGGAGGAAACCACUGAUAACAACACCGCUGAUGAGGCUCCUCAGCGCCGCAAGGAUUACCGUGAUGUGAUGGUUACUUACGUUGACCCCACCAACGGUCGCCUGAAGAUCCAGCAGAUUGGCACCGGCACCUCCGCGCUCACUGAGUUGAUGAAUGCAUUCCGCUCCUUCCACCUGAACAAGGCAAACGAGACACCCUUGCCUAGCCCUCCCAAGGCCGGUGAUUUUGUUGCCGCCAAGUUCACUGAGGAUAAUGAAUGGUAUCGCGCCAAGGUGCGUCGCAAUGACCGUGAGAAACAGCAGGCCGAGGUGCUCUACAUCGACUUCGGUAAUUCCGAGGUUCUUCCCUGGUCUCGCCUCAGGGCCUUGAGCCAGCCUCAGUUCUCCGUGCAGAAACUCCGUCCCCAGGCCGUGGACGCGGUUCUCUCCAUGGCUCAGCUCCCCGGUUCGGGUGACUACCUGCAGGAUGCUGCCGAGUUCCUGGAAGAGCAGCUCUACAACCGGGAGCUUGUGGCCAACGUUGACUACGUUUCUCCCGAGGGCACCCUGCACGUUACUUUGAUGGACCCCACCGAGUCCAAGAACUUGGACCACAGCAUCAACGCUGACCUCGUGCGGGAGGGUCUCGCCAUGGUGCCCAGAAAGCUGAAGGCCUGGGAACGUUCUGCCGCGGACACGCUGACCCACCUGCGUAGCCAGGAGGAAGAGGCCAAGCAGGAGAGACGCGGUAUGUGGGAGUACGGCGACCUCACCGAGGACUAA